CACGAAGGGCGCCAUCUGGUGGUGACUUCAGCAUCUUCAUAUCAGUCAUAGGAUCAGGUUGUGAAUGUCAUAGUCAAUCACCAGGAAAGAGCUGCACCGGUCACCGCUGAGCCUGCGCCGUCUCCUCCUCCGGUUCCUCCUCCGGUUCCUCCUCCGGUCCCUCCUCCGGUCCCUCCUCCGCUCCUCCUCAGUGCACAAUGCGCUGAUCUGUGCUCAGCGUGUGGCAGGAUGAUCUCCGUCGUGUCCACGGUGGAGAGCGCUCCCAGGGGCUCGGGCACACCGGCGUCCAGCCUGUACCAGCGGGUCCGGAAGGUGUUAACCAGGGACCUGCUGGUGACCCUGGCCCUGGGCCAAGUCUUGUCCUUGUUAAUCUGUGCCAUCAGUCUGACCAGCAAGUAUCUGGCUGAUGACUUCCACGCUAACACUCCCGUGUUCCAGAUCUUUCUCAACUACAUCCUGCUGUUUCUGGUCUACACCACCACACUGGCAGUCAGGCAAGGGGAAGAGAACUUACUGGCCAUUCUGAAGCAGCGCUGGUGGAAAUACAUGAUUCUGGGUUUGAUCGACAUCGAGGCCAACUAUCUGGUCCUAAAGGCGUACCAGUACACCACACUCUCCAGUGUGCAGCUCUUAGACUGCUUUGUCAUCCCCGUGGUCUUGCUGCUGUCCUGGUUCUUCCUCUUGGUCAGGUACAAGGCUGCCCACUUUGUCGGGGUAGGACUUUGUUUGCUGGGCAUUGGCUGCAUGGUAGGAGCUGACCUCCUGCUUGGUCGGCAGCAGGGCCUUGGAGAGCAGAAGCUGUUUGGGGAUCUUCUGGUUUUGGGAGGAGUGACACUGUAUGGAAUCUCCAACGUUUGUCAAGAGUUCAUUGUGAAAAACUUGAGCCGUGUAGAGUUCCUCGGCAUGAUGGGACUCUUUGGAUCCUUCUUCAGCGGCAUACAGCUAGCAAUCAUGGAACAUAAGGAGCUGCUGAAGGUGUCCUGGGACUGGCAGAUAGGUCUUCUCUAUGUGGGUUUCAGUGCCUUCAUGUUUGGUCUUUACAGCUUCAUGCCUGUGGUGAUGAAGAGGACAAGCGCCACCGCUGUCAAUCUCUCUCUGCUCACAGCUGAUCUGUACAGCCUCUUCUGUGGCUUCUUCCUCUUUCACUACAAGUUCUCUGGCCUCUACCUGUUGUCGUUCUCUGUCAUCAUCUUGGGCCUGGUCCUUUACUUCUCCUCAAACACCUACGUCGCCCAGGAUCCGAGGGUCUAUAAGCAGUUCAGGAACACAGGCAGCCAGCUGGUCACUGACCCUCCCCUUGUCAGUCGUGGAGUCCCAGAACCUUCUGUUACCUACACCAGCCUGGGCCGUGACCUGGGUGACGAGGUUCCUGUGCGUGUAGCAUAAGAUGAUGUGGUAGGGUUUAGUCUUUUGUCAGCACGGUUGGAUCAGUUUAAGUGUAUAUAACAUUAGACAGGUAUUCUGACUGUAGUCUGACUGUAGUCUGACUUUAGUUUGGUGGUAGUCUGACUGUAGUCUGGUGGUAGUCUGGCUGUAGUCUGACUGUAGUCUGGCAGUAGUCUGACUGUAGUCUGACUGUAGUCUGGUGGUAGUCUGGCAGUAGUCUGGCUGUUGUCUGGCUGUAGUCUGGUGGUAGUCUGACUGUAUUCUGGCAGUAGUCUGGCUGUAGUCUGACUGUUGUCUGGCUGUAGUCUGACUGUUGUCUGGCUGUAGUCUGGUGGGAGUCUGGCUGUAGUCUGACUGUAGUCCGGCAGUAGUCUUGCGGUAGUCUGACUGUUGUCUGGCUGUAGUCUGGCUGUUGUCUGGCUGUAGUCUGGCUGUUGUCUGCUCAGCAGAGCAGCUGUGCCGUCACCAGGUAUGUCCAGCUUUUCAUUCAUGGCCAGUACAGAGGGACAGAGUCGCCACCUGCUCACUUGCAAAUGUACAGUGUCCUCCUAUAGUAGUGGAACAGUGAGGCCAACUUCUUUAUUUUUGCCAUAGACUGAAAACAUUUGGGUUAGACAUCAAAAGAUGAAUAUGAAACAAAAGAUGAGCAUUUCAGCUUUUACUUUCAGGUAUUUGCAUCUGGAUCUGAUACACAACAUAGAAGAUAGCACCUUUUGUUUGAACCCACCCAUUUUUCAUGGCUAAAUGAUCAUCCAUGUGUAUAGACAGUAUUGUAAUUUCACGUAUUUUGUACGUAACACCUGUGUAUAUAUACAGUAUGUGUUCAUCUGAUCCAAGUGAAUCCAUCAGCUCGAGUCACAUCAUUGUAGUGAAAGACAUCUCCUCACGCUUUGACAUGUUCUGCUGUGGAUGUUUUUAGGCUGAUACAAAAUACAUUUAGAUAUCAUCUAUUUCAUUUUAUUCUCUACACCAAAAAUACAUCAAAGGAAGAGUCUGUUCCUUUACUGCUAUGGUGCUAGAAUCUGUAAAUGGUUAAAUAGUCACUUUUACUGAGUGAUAUUUUGGUCUGUCAGACCAAUGAUGACCCUUGUUUCAUACCCUUGUAUACAAGUUCCUUGUAUGUUUUGUUCUUCUGGAGUUGUUUCUUUAUGGCUGAGGUCUUAAUCCCUUUAUACUCCUCAAAUAUUUUUACUAUACUUUACUAUAGAUUUUAUAUUAAUAGUAUAAGAGCUUUUGAGUUGUAAAAUAGUUUUUUGUUUUCACUGUGUUGAACAAGGCCUAAUGGUGCAGAGAUGUUCUUUAUCAACUAUGUUUUUCGUCUGUCAUUGUGAAGAAGGCUUUAAAUCAGCAUUUAGACUUUAAACAACUUGAGUAGAGGAAACCAAUGAAAAGGCCAGGUGACCUCUGACAAUGGUGGGGGGCAUUUAAACCCCUAACUACAGUGUCUUUUACAAUACGUAAAGACACUGUCUCCAACAUGAUAUCUACUGUAUAAUAGGUAUGAUCCAUCAGUGUGAAUAUUUCACAACCUGACACAUGAUCGAUCAGGUGUCUACAGUGAUUAUUAGCCUACAAUAACGCACGGAAAAUGUUUCAGUGCGGCUGACAAUCUGACUAUUAAAGUAUUAAGUCACAGUGUUGUCCACAUCGAUGAUAUAUUAAUCAUUAAAAGUGUUCAUGUUAAAGAAAGUCCUUGGGCAGGCUAAUGAAGUAACAUCUAAUUGGGAAUUUGAUAUUUUGAAAGACGUAAAUUGAAUUAAUUUGGCAGGUGAAUGCGCUCUGAUAUGUGUUUUGAUAUCGACUGUAUGAAUGAGGAAAUGAGGCGGAGUGUCAGACAGCUGCUUCAGGCUCAGCAGGAGGAAGCGACAGAGAGAAACAUAGGGUAUGUUGAAGAAAACCUGCCAGCGAGCAGGUUAGGUUCACAGAGUAUGUUGCCAGGGUAACUGACUCAGUUAAGCUGAACUGGCUUUGUGAAACCGAAAAAUCAGAGUUUCCCUCAUCUCAGGGUUAACUUACUUGACUAAACCUGCUUUCUGAAACGGGCCCCUGGACUCAAAUCAAAGUUUGUUUACAUUAAUCACACAGUACCCAGACUUAGUUUCAGCAAAGUUUUCUACAUGGGGACUAUCAAGAGCAAAUGUGUGCAUAAUUUACAGUCAUAUAUGUUACACCUAAUAUUAUUUGGUAUUAGUAAACAAAUCAUUUACAAGAGAUAUUUUGUAUUUUAAUCCAAUGCAUUUUUAAAAAUAAAUUAAACAUUCUGCAAACAAAUCUCCUACGACUCAUCCGUGGGUCCCGACUCAGCCUUUGAGAAACUGUGAUUUUUGGCACCUUGUCUCAUGUCAUGUUAUUCCUCAACAUGUAAAAGACCUUUGAUAGUCUAAUAUAGAGACAGACACACUGACAUAUAUGGACAUAUAUGGAGGGACACAUAUGAGAUCCUAGAUGGGUUUAUUGUCACAUCUUCAUAUUUCUGGAUAUAUGUGUUGUAUUAUUAUUUUUGUAUGUAAAUGUAAAAAUGACAAAUAAAGUUGAUAAGUUGAAAAAUAAA